AUGGCAGCCCCAUUCGGGCAGCUCUGUGCACAUCCCCGGGCCGGUGCCCCGGAACAGCCGGAGCCCCGUGCCCGGAGCAGGGUCCCGGUAGCCCGGGAAAGGCCUUGUCGCGGUCCCCGCGUGUGCCCGGGGCAGGCACAGGGCACGACCCGGUGCCCCGGUACGAGCGGGGGCCGGUACCGGAUCCCGCCGCCGCCUACCUGGGGUCAAGGUCACGGCAGCUCCGUCCCGUCAGCGCCGACCCUGAGGGGAUCGAGGAGGCGUCGGGCGGACGCUGGGCCCGGCCCCGAGCCCCGGUACCGGCCGCGGCCCGGUUCGACUCCGGCGGCGCGGCGCGGCCCAGGCCCGGCCCCGCUCCCGGCCCCACCUUGGGUCCCCCCGGCCCGGGUCCCCCGCGGGGCCCCUCCCAGCCGGGUCCCCGCCCGUUCCCCGCCCGCAGGCCCCGGCCCGCCCCGGCCCCGGCCCCGGCCCGGCUCCGCUCCCCCGGCCCCGCCGCUCACCAGCCGCCCCCCCCGCGGGCCGCGCACGACCGCCGCCAUCUUCCCGCCGCCGCCCGGCGCGCCGGACGCGCAGGACACGCCCACCGCCGGCAUAGGCCACGCCCCGUGUCAGGGUCACCACGCCCACUGUCAGGUAGACCCCGCCCAUUGCCUCUUUGACCACGCCUUCCUAUACUGA